AUCGGUGUUCGGCAAAAUCCCGCGGAUGGGCGCGAUGACGAAAGAGUUUCAUGAAGACAUGAACAUACCUAUCUAGAAACACCUCUGGAAGUCGUCUGAAGCCUCAAACGCCUCCCCUCUGUGGCUCCUCUCCCCUCUUUGGCUCCUCUAUCUACCAAUACACGGGCGCGCUACAUAUUACAAAUAGAAGUGCGUUUCGUUGCUUCUCAGUCCGCGCACAUCGGAAGUUCAACACAAGACCGACGAAACUCAAAAGGUCGAUUGCAUUAACGACCCGUGGGCCGUGGAGUCUAGACACAAUUCGGCUGGCCUGCUGAAGUGCUCAACAAUGCGCGUCUUGACUAUCAAAGGACAGAACUUCAUUGAUGAACAAGGUCGUAGUGUUCAGCUUAGAGGGAUCAAUCUCUCUGGCGAUUCCAAAUUACCAAAAAGCCCGGAUCUUCCUUCCCAUCAAUUGGAGCAUUUCUGGGACGCUGACAACAUAAGCUUCGUCGGGCGGCCCUUUGAGCUAGCGGAAGCAGAUGCGCAUUUAUCACGCAUUAGGGGAUGGGGUUACAAUAUUGUUCGCUUCGUUGUGACGUGGGAAGCAGUAGAGCACGAGCGACCUGGCAAGUACGACGAGGCUUAUAUCGAUUAUUUGAUUCAGGUGCUGCGUAAAUGUGGCCAGCAUGGUCUAUAUGUCCUUAUGGAUCCUCACCAAGAUGUUUGGUCUCGGUUCUCUGGCGGCUCGGGCGCGCCACUUUGGACGCUCAUAGCAGCAGGCAUGAAUCCGCUCAACUUUGAAGUAACGGAGGCAGCACUUGUGCACAACACGUCGAAGGUCCCCGAGGCCUUUCCAAAGAUGAUCUGGGCGACCAACUAUCAACGUUUGGCCGCUGAGACCAUGUUCACCUUAUUCUUUGCAGGACGACACUUUGCACCAAAUGCAAUUCUGGAUGACCAAAACAUCCAAGAUUAUUUGCAGAACCACUUCAUUAGUGCAAUGCAGCAUGUCGCGCGACGCAUUGUGGAUGCGGGUGACCUAGCCGGCAACGUCGUCAUCGGUUGGGAAUCCCUCAAUGAACCCAACAGAGGUCUCGUCGGCCUGCCAGAUCUUUCUUGCGUCGAGAAAGAGCAGCACAACCGCCGAGGCACAUGUCCGACUCCAAUGCAGAGCUUUGCUACAGGAGCAGGAUUCGCUCAAACCAUUGACGUCUGGGCAUUCGGGUCUAUGGGUGCAAAAAAGAGUGGAACCACUGUGGUCGAUCCGCAGGGCACUUCAGUUUGGCUGGACAAGAAUUAUGACGACAGCCGAUAUGGCUGGAAGCGGCACGCAAAGUGGCAACUUGGUCGUUGUAUUUGGGCGCAGCAUGGCGUCUGGUCAGAAACGGAUGUCCGAUUGCUCAAACCCGACUACUUUUCACGCGGGCCAGGCGGAGUCAAGUUGAACAUGGCACAAUUCUUGCAGCUGUUCUGGCUCGAUCACUUUAGGGCGUACAAAAGCGCUAUUCGCGAAGUGCACGAAAUGGCCAUCAUCUUUUGUCAACCACCAGUUCUGGAGGUACCGCCGAUAUUUUCAAAAAAGGAUCAAGCAGAUACGCAAAUUGUAUAUGCGCCUCAUUACUACGACGGCUUAACCUUGAUGAACAAAAAAUGGAAUACUUGGUAUAAUGUCGAUGUUCUCGGUGUCCUGCGGGGCAAAUAUCUUUCGCCAGUCUUCGCGGUGAAGUUCGGGCUCAGAGCUAUUCGGAAUUGUCUACGGGAUCAACUCAAGGCUAUCAGGCAGGAGGGCUUGGCAAAUCUAGGAAACUAUCCGUGCUUCUUUACAGAAAUCGGAGUUCCGUAUGAUAUGGACGGAGGUAGGGCAUAUGAAGAUGACGAUUUUAGUUCUCAGAUCGGGGCAUUAGACGCCAACAGUUUUGCAUUGGAAGGUGCCAACGCUCACUUCACCUUGUGGCAAUACUCUCCGUUGAACACGAAUCGCUGGGGAGAUCAUUGGAAUGGGGAAGACUUGAGUUUAUGGUCGAACAGCUAUGUCCAGGAUGCUGCAUUGCGCCCGUCGUCUAGCUCGAGCGAAGGCUCUUUGAAGCGCAAGUAUCUCAAAGCGCUGCCGGAGCCUUCAUUCCCAGCUACAGAGCUACGGGACUCAGGUAGUCGUGCUUGGCCAGCCUUUUUACGACCUUCGCCAGUGACAACUGCAGGAAGCGUACAGUCCUUUGGCUUUGACCUUCACAACAAGGUCUUCUCACUUGUCAUUGAGGCCAAUCAGGAUGGAGGUGCGAGCGAUAUCUAUGUGCCGCUUGCUCACUUUGAUGAGGAGAUGGUCGUGGAGCAGAGUAGCGGGAGUACCACCUUCGAUGUUGCUCGACAGGUCUUGACGUGGACCCAUGGACCGGGCAACCAGAGGCUGCACAUCACUGCAGCCAACGGUCGUGGGCACUCCAGUGGACUGUUCUGCUCAUGUGGUUGAUUGGAGAUCCGCAUCCGGGAAGUGAACACCUUGUGAUGUGACACAGCCUUCCGUUUUAUAUCCGACUCUCAAUUUAUAUAUGUGCUAUACAAAUGAAGGCAGAAAAUGCGAUAUGACUGCCACAAACGACGACAAAGCAGCCGAGCAGCGCGGUCAGGUAAGCUGUUUCCUCCUAAGCAGACCUGCUAGAACACCAUCUGGCCCUACAUACACACGUAAAUCGCACGUGUGCGGAUGGGGCCGACCA